AUGGAACUCCGGUCCCCAGACCGUGCCCGGGAGGUGGAACGUCCCAACCCUGGGCACGGCCGACAACCUCAUCCUUGGACUCCCCGGGACGGGGAAUGGCGGCGUCCGGCUCUCGGGGGGCCGCUCGCUCCAAAGUCCCCAUCCAGAGGCGGGGCUGGGGGAGGGGGAGUCCGGGCAGGUCUGGGUGGGAGGGGAAGCGGCCAACCAAGUUACCUCGGGACGGUCCCGUCUGCUGAGGAGACAGGCGGCGAGGUCCCCAGGCCGCGGGCGGCAGCGAGGGCUACUGCAGUCUCCUCCGCCCCAUUGUUUCCCUUCCCAGUGGAUCCCCGGCCGAGCGGCUGUGGCAGGGAGCGAGCCCGGGAACCAGGAAGUUCCCCGGCGCGACACCUCCUGCGGCCGCUAUGGAAACGGCGCCUCGCCCCCCCCCUCCCUCCUCCCGGCCCCCGGGCCCGGCCCCGCCCCGCCCCCCCCAGCCCGGUGACCCCGCCCCCUCGCCUGGGCCCGGCCCCGCCCCUGCCCCGCCGGCCGCUACUAACCGCCGUCGCCAUUUUGACGCUGUCCACAGCAUUUCCCCCCCGCAGUGGCCUCGCUCUCGGAUUCUUACCCCUCCCUCUGGCCUCGCUUUCGCCUUCGCUGCAGGUGACGUGCAGCUCCGGGAGCCAAGCCUCCUCCCCGGCACCGCCCGCGUGCUGA